AUGCUUUUGUUGCUCCGGUCAUGGUCGCCACCCCAAAGGGCUGUCGAGUUUGUGUGGGUUAUCACCUGUCGAGCUGGGGUGCGUUUCCUUGCGUCCCUGCUUGCUGUUGUCCAGAAAAGUGUGGGAACCACCAUGGCAGCCGCCAUGGCGGCUAUCACCUUGCUACUGUCGCCUUAUGCCACAAAGAGGGUGGUUGGCUUCCUUCUCCGAGUAAAGGAAUGCAGAACUGCAUGUUUCAGUCGAUGUGUGUGCGGGUGUAUGGCUGGAGUCCUUGGAAAAGGCAUUACCACCACCAUAGGGUGGUGGCUGCCACCAUCUGCCGCUACCGGCCACCACAAGAAAUUGAAAAUCACCACCAUCAGGUGGUGGUUGCCGCCUCCUACCGCCAUGUCGGGUAGCGGUGUGCUUGUCUUGUGA